GUAAUCCACCGAUUCCCUUUUAUUUUUCACAGUUCUACUUUCCGUUCAGUUCACGAGCUGUUUUCUACGUUGCAAGGUCAUCGAAGAAACCUCGAAGUCACCGCUUCUACCUAAACUCCCUUUUUUGUACACUCUGUUCUCUCUCUUCCGCUAGGCGGCGUUUGUGAUCUUGUGUGUGUUUGUUUGUGCCUUCCACGAUAUCCCUACUCUUUUAUUGCUCUUAUUUUCACUGGAGGUGGUUCGGCUGCGCGUGUGAAGCGUUAGAGUAGAGAGCACCGAACCUCUCUUGACGUUUUUCUUUGUUUCCGUUAAUGUAAACAAAGCCUACCUUUUUCGACUUGUUUGAAAGCUCUUUACUGUUAAGAGCUGUCUUUCUUCUUGGGCAAAGUCGUUUUACAGAAUUACUAAAAUCCUUUUCUGGAAACUAGAGAUUACUUCUACUGGACUUUUGUUCUUCAUCGUUGGUGUUAUCUUCCCAGCUUCCGUGAUCUCGAAAGUGGUGUCACGCAAAUAAAUACAAAACUAUUUUCUUCUAUUUCCUGUGGUGCCAUCAAAUUUCUGGCCGCGCUGCACUUCAAAGUCUUUGUCGUGUCGGUCAAAAAGAGGGCUGUUCGGACGAGUAUCGUUUUUGUAUCGCGGUACAACUGUGAGAACGUCUGAACGGGUUCCUUCGUUGACGUCUCUGACUCUUCUUUUUCUUUUCCAAAAAAGGCCUUUUUUAUUGUUGUUUUACCUGUGUUCUGCUCCUGUAGGGCGAGAGCUGCAACGCUCAUUCACUGGUAACAUUUUUAUUUAUUUAUCUAUUUUCGCUCGAAAGGCUACGUGAUCGACGGUUUAGCUUUCACCGAGAUUAUUGUUAUUGUUUUCAAAUCUGAAGAGCUCUUCCGUUUCGUGGACGGAUACUGCAGCGUUCGUUGACGCUGACCUGAACACAUUACUGGCUGUUUUGUUUCUCAAAUCAACGUAGCGAAAUGCGAUCUCGCUGCGCUUCAUAGCAUUCUGGUUUUUGUCUUUUUGCGUGUGUUGCACUCAUACGAUUCGACAACUUUGGCGUGGGCUGGAUAAUCUUUGAUAAUUAAACUAAUUAAGGGAAUUGAUUUCUCUCUCUCUCUCUCUCUCUCUGUUGUGUGUGUGUGUGUGCGUGACGGCUCCGUGUUCGCUUUACCGGUUUUUGAAGAAGGCCCACCGUGCACCUGCGGUGUAUCGUUGAACAAGUUGAAUACAAUAUUUGCUGAGACGGCGGAAGGUGCCGCCUAACUUCGUUUCAAACAGAGAAAACUAAUAAUACAGUAGACACGGCCUAUUGCACGGUUGUGGUUGCACAUAGACAGAAUAAUCCGAUAUGCUUCGCACGAAUCUUCUUUUCCUCCGCACCACGGCAGUUGUUGCUGCCGCUGCGUCGCACGCACUUCACAGCGAUGGCGCGGCUUCUUCGUCGUACGGAGCGCAGCGCACGGAGUCGGUGCCACCGAUGCCGGUGCACCUGAAGCCGUCCAGCAGCCCCCAUCGCAAGCCCAGCUUCUAUUUCCCUCGCAUGCGCGACGAGCAGCACCCGACCUACGCGUUCCAGCCGACCCGCCUCGGAGCAGCGCUUCCCUUGUUCAACAUCACGUCGUCCUCCUGCGAGUAUUACGCGCUGCGCCUGCCGCUGCUGAAGGCAGGCUUUCGCCGCGUGCCGGCGGGUCGCUACGACAUCGCCAGCAACCUGCUCUGGGGCCGCUCCAUGCCUUUUCGCGAGAUGAUGCGCUCCACGACCGCCAGCACAGCCGUGACGUCUUCGUGCCUGGGCUUCCCGCCCGUGUUCACGCAGGAGCAGGCAGCGUACCGCGACACCCUGACCAUCGUCAAUCCGUAUCAGCGCUUUAAUCACUACCCGCUGAGUCACGCCAACUUGGGCUGCAAGCGCGGGAUGGCCGUCAACGUGCGCAACGCCCAGCAGCACGCCGAGGCGGUCGCGACGACGCCCGGCGAGCGGGAAGAGGCGCGCAUGCGGUACGGCUUCAUGCCCCGCACCUGGUUCUACCCCCAGGAGAAGGAGAGCCUCAUAGCCACGAUGAAGGCGGCCCCGCCCGGCAUGCACUUUAUCUGGAAGCCGGCGCGCGGCAGCUGCGGCCGUGGCAUUCUCAUCUCGGACGGCGGUGAGCGCAACGCGGCCUCGUGGGAAGGAGUGAUGCGGCAGAUCGAGGCGAAGGCGGCGUGUAGAGAGUCUGGUCGUCUCUUUCGCAGCUACGUGGUGCAGGAGUACAUUGAGAACCCGUUUUUGGUGGAAGGGCGGAAGAUGGACCUCCGCCUCUACGUCGCCGUCACGUCCUACAACCCGCUGACGGUGUACUGGCACGAGGAGGGCCUGGUGCGACUGGCGGCGGAGUCGUACACCGACAAGGCCGCGCCGACCUCUACGCACAUCGACAUUGCCCUUGCGGAGACGGAAGACGGCGAGUCCUCCGAGAUGGUCCUCAAGGCCGCCGCCGCCGCUGCUGCUGCUGCCCCGAGCCUUGCGGCACGUGCUGGCGCGUUCGGGAAACACCUCCACGAUCGAUUUCGCCACUUGACGAAUUAUUCGGUGGGUCGCAAGUACGUUGCAGCACAGGAAGCCGUGGCUGCAGGUGUGUCGUCGGCGUCGUCUCUCAUGUCGAUGGGCGAUCAGAGUCGCCAGCGCCUCUCUCUCACCGCCGCUGCAGAGGAGAGCGCCGUCGCGAUGGUAGCGCCGCCCCAGCUGAAAUGGCCGCUGCAGCGUCUCUGGGACUGCAUUGACGCGCAAGAAGCAGAAUCGGCAGGGCCGACGCUGCGACGGCCGUCGGACAAGGUGAGGGAGAACAUCGCGCAGCUCAUCACGCGUACGUUGAUGGCGGCUCGCCCUGUCAUCGACUCCGCCGUGUCGCGGGUGAUGAUGCCCGGGCACUACUUUGAGCUGUACGGCUUCGACGUCAUGUUGGAUGCGCAGCUGAACCCUUUCCUCAUUGAGGUGAACACGCUGCCCUCGCUCGAGAGCAGCUCUCCGUUCGACUACGCGACCAAGACGAACGUCGUGGCGGAUUUGCUGAACAUCGCGAUGAUCGAGCCGUUUGAGCGAACCGUGAAGCCGGGCGAUUCGCUGUGGAACUCUGCGGCCCUGCGCGAUCAGCUGCAGCAACCACUGAGCCCCGCAGAGAGGACACUCGUGAACAGCUGCACCGCAGGGACGCAGGGCGACGACGGCUCCUUCUCGAAGGGUGUCGCCAUCUCACGCGAUGAGGUGCAGCUGCGUUUGAAGGACGAGCUCGCCUACGCGCGUGGGUUUCAGCGAAUUUUCCCAGCCAAACCGGUGCCGGGCUUUUCUCACGCCGCGAUGGGCGAGGGCGUGUUUCGCGUCGCGCCGUUCACGCCGCUCUCGCACGCUGAGCAUCCGCUGGACUCCCUGUGCAGCCGCCCCGCUUAUAUGGACGACGUGCGCUUCUACAAUAAGACCAAAGUGCUGACGCCGCAGGAUUUGUGGGCCCUUGAGUCUUCGUAG